ACACGGGCCCGUCGCGUUGUUAUCUCUACACGCACUCCUCGCGCUAUUUUCCGAGCGAAAUGCGGCAUUUUUCAUUUGUAAUAUCGUGAUCUCGACGUAGACGAAAAUCGAGCUCGCUCAUGUCGGGUGAUAAGGAAGCCAAGCGCCGCGUCUGAGUGCAUCACAUCAGGGGAGCCCAGCUGCGGAUUUCCUGGACUUAUAUUAUGUGACAGUUGACAGCCAGCCAGUCUUCGGUUUGCCCUUAUAUAUAUCGAACCUACCUUUGAAGUAUUUUUCGUAGCACUUAGCUGUACAAAAAAAUUUUGUUGUUAGCCUAAGGUUCGUAAGUUUUUGCUCGUCUUUCUUGUGUCAUUGGCUUUAUGCUUAGGUUAGCUGAUUAGCGGGGAUAGGUUAUUGCAAUACUUGAUAGUGUAGCGGUUCUGCUUGUUUGCAUAAAAUUUCAUACAAUGGAUUUGUAUUAAAUGACGUUGUGUGUGGGAUUUGAGAUUUGAUAAGCCAUGUGAUAAAACUGUCCAUAUCAAAAUGAUAAGCUGAUCAAUCGACAUUCCCUGCUAUACCAGUAUUUGUUGGCAGAUGCUAUUUAGAUCUUUUUAAAUUACGAUAGAGCUGCAUUACUUAUACAUAGAAACUCAUUUUGUGAUUGAAUAUUUAAGUAAAAAACUAAGCCAAAAUGUUGGGCAGAUUCAAGUCAGCAUUGAUGAAUGCUGUCGGUGCAAGUGAACUAGGCUUGCAAUACCCAAAUGAUUCUGAUAAUGAAUCGAUUACAGACCUAAUAAACUCAAAUCUACCGAUUGCUGUUGAGACAAAACCAUACAGUAGACCAAGUUUUCUAGGCCUAACAAAUGAAGAGACUCAGGUGAGUGCAGAUCACAGGGUCAGACCAAUAAUAGUUCCCAGAGAUCUUAGCAGAUUACCGUGGUGCGCUGGAUAUGCUGAAUGUAUAAAUGCUGGUAAAAGUACCUGGAAUGAAGAUCAAGCGACAGCAAUGCGAGGAGACUUAAAAUUAUUAGAUUCGAGCACAUCUAUACCUUACAUCAUGUUUUCAAUGUUUGAUGGUCAUGCUGGUUAUCAAGUUGCUCUCACAGCAAGAUUACACCUCCACAGGAUAAUCUUGGAAAGGCUAAUGGCUAUCCCAGGUGAUAUCUUACUAGCUGAAGACAAUGAAGCAGCUGCAAUAAAAGGAAGAGAAUUAAUCAUUGGAGCUAUUGAGCUGGCUUAUAGACAGAUGGAUCAGAUGGUUGAACAACAAGCACAAAAAGGAGGUGGUGGUUGCACAGCUUUAACUGUUUUAUUUUUAAAUGGAAGGUUAUACGCUGCUGGAGCUGGAGACUCUAGAACUAUCCUUGUCUUGGGUGAGAGUGAAAGGGCCCUCACUAGGGAUCAUACGCCAGAUUCAGAAUCAAACCGUGUAAGAGCUCUAGGGUUUUUAAAAAGUACUGAACUUUUAAAAGGUCAUUUUACCUCACUGGAAUUUAAAAAAAGGCCGCUACAAAGAGACCUUGGCCAAAUGGUUUUAUACAGAGAACCAUACAUGACAGGUUGGGCUUACAAAGUCUUAGCCUAUCCUGACUUAAGAUUAGCCCUCAUAUCUGGGCAGGGUAAAAGAAGUAGAGUAAUGGGCACCAUAGGUGUAACUCGUGGUUUUGGGGAUCAUGGAUUAAAAGCUGCAAACACAGGUGUUAGUAUCAAACCGUUUCUAUCCUCUCAACCUGAAGUGCAAUGUUUAGACUUAGAAGAAUAUAAUCUCACGGAGAGAGAUUGCAUUAUUAUGGCAACAGACGGCCUGUGGGAUGUGGUUUCUGACAAAGUUGCAGCUAAUCUUCUUCGAAAAACUUUGGCUCCAGAAAAUCCAUCUCUAGAAUAUAGAUUGACAAUGGGUGCUCAAGAACUCGUUCAAGCAGCUAGAGGCAGACUUGUAGGGCGAGUUUGGAGGCUAAAAUCCGAAAUGCAGGAAAACGGUGACGACGAAAUUCUAUCUAUGGCAUCAGUUGACGAUAUCAGCGUUAUGGUUGUACCAUUAUAUCCGUAUCUGUGUGAGCACAGACAGUGGGUGAAAACCCAACAACAGGAAAGACGGCAUUCGAUUAACUCAUUGCAGUCCUCGAGCAAUGACGCCACCUAAAAUAUCAUUCUCGUAUUCUACCUCAAGUCGAUUAGCAACUGAAAUGAAAUGACAUUGUUCACUCUUCAUUCUCAAUCUUUACAAUUCUUGGUGAAAAUAUUUAUCUCCUCUGGCCUCGUUAUUGAUACUAUAAAAUCAAAAACUUUACAAUUAAUUUUUACUAAAAGAAUAAGGAGGUUUUUUAUCAAUCGAUCUUAUGAAACUUAAAAUAUAGGCUAAUUAGAAGCUUACCAAAUUCUCCUUAGAUACACGAAGAAAAUCUCAAUGUUUUCAUUGAGAGUUUUCUUUACACCUGGAGAAAAAAAAUUGCUGUCUAACAUGAGUUCUUAACCACAAUAGAUCGAGUAUAAGAUAAUAAUUAACUGCCAACCGCACGUUUUUGGUAAUACGAUUUUACAUUUAAGAUGCAUUUUGCUUCUUUCUUUUUAUACAGAGAAAUAUUCCAUUCCAUUAACUUCUAGUUUGAUAAAAAAUGGAGGAGUACUAAGCACAUGGAUGAUUUUUAGAUAUAUUACACACUCAUGUCGUUUUGCUUUUUAUUUAUAUUAUUUUAUUAAUUACUUAUAACCAUAAUUUUAAUGACAAUGAAGUAGAUCUAUACUUUAUUCGACUUACCAAAAGGAUUGACUUACCGUUGUAGCUAGAUGAUAAUAAAUUGUAAAUAUGAUAAAAAAAAAAAUAUUUUUAGUAGUAAAAAUCAAUUACUAUGAGGCAGCAUUAUUCAAGAUAAUGCAUGGAAUAGCCUGUGUAAUUAAGUUUACUGAAUAAAUCUAAUAAUAAUUCGUAUAAAAUU